GUAGGCCCAACACCAUCUCCCAUCCCCCAUCAGGCAUGCUGGUCCCCUGUAUCUGCACCUCGUAGCGGCGGGCAAGCAGCACCAUCAGUCCCAGGUUCCGUCCCUUCCCAGUGGCUGUCCUCUGUAGCCGUACGUGUACUCGUUUACGUAGGUAGUGUCCCUUGGUAAGUAGGUACUGAGCGUAGGGAGAGAGCAGGCCAGCAGGAUGUAACGCGCUGCUUGAAAAGAGUGGUACGGUACGUUUUGUGACCUGAGGUGAACCGUAAAGGGAGCACCGACCGUCGUCAGGAAACGGGGUCACACAGCCAAAUCUUUCUUGUCCCCGUUGCACCCUAAAUUUCCCCUUCCCACCCCCAAAACGUACGUUCAUCGAGGAACCUACUACCUACCUCACCCUACACCUCUCCUUCUCUACCUUACCUUACUUCGUAACCACCACACCUUUCUCUCCCUUGAGGUUGUGAUUCUUCUCUUCGGCCCCAUCAUCAACUUUGCCCUCGAGCAUUUCGCCAUCUCCUCUUUCGGUACCGAGAGGUCCAAUUGUCUGUCGCCAGACUCUCACAACCACUUUCCUCCUUUUCUAUCGUUCGUUACCCAUCUGCGACGCUCCUUGACACGCGACUGCUUUGUAGACGUCCAGGUAUGUGAAUCUUCCCUCGUCUCUCUUCCCAUACUUCUCCUAUCGUCCAAGAUUCGGCCGAGGAAACAAACCGGCCACACAAUCUACUUCCUUUCCCUCCUUCACUCAGCCAGCUGGCAUCAUCUUGCCAUUGCGCAAUAACACAACCCCAUCACCGACUUGCGUCGUCCCAUCUCCUGGGCCAGCCUUUUCCCGCUUUUCAGCAACGUUCUGCCUCACAUCACAACCAAGCUAACACAUCCUUUCUGUUCUCUAGAUCCAGAUAUUUUUCUUGAGACAAACAUCUCCAAGACAACUCCCCUGAUAUUCGCAAUGGCUGACGAAGGUUCUCCUGCUACCUCCCCGCCGCCCUCGGCGCCCACUUCGCCCCCCGUCGAAGAGCCCUCAUCUGACUCCUACCAAGCUGGCGGUGCCCCUUCGGCUCCUUCCAGUGAUCUUAGGAACAUUGUUCGCCGCAAGCUUACUGGCUAUGUCGGCUUUGCCAACCUGCCUAACCAAUGGCACCGCAAGAGUGUCCGCAAGGGCUUCAACUUCAACGUGAUGGUUGUUGGUGAAUCUGGACUCGGAAAGUCGACCCUGGUCAACACUCUCUUCAACACUUCUCUCUACCCUCCCAAGGAGCGCAAGGGCCCUAGCUUGGACAUCAUCCCGAAGACGGUUACCAUCCAGUCCAUCAGCGCCGACAUCGAGGAGGCCGGCGUCCGCCUUCGCUUGACCGUGGUCGACACCCCUGGAUUCGGAGACUUCGUCAACAACGAUGAGUCCUGGCGCCCGAUUGUCGACAACAUUGAGCAGCGUUACGACGCCUACCUCGACGCGGAGAACAAGGUCAACCGCAUGAACAUCGUCGACAACCGUAUCCACGCCUGCGUGUUCUUCAUCCAGCCCACUGGUCACUCCCUCAAGCCCCUUGACAUCGAGGUCAUGCGCCGCCUUCACACCAAGGUCAACUUGAUCCCCGUCAUCGCCAAGGCCGAUACCCUUACCGACGAGGAGAUUGCCAACUUCAAGUCCAGAAUCCUCUCCGACAUCAAGCACCACGGUAUCCAAAUCUUCGAGGGCCCACGCUACGAGCUUGACGAUGAGGAGACCAUCGCCGAGAACAACGAGAUCAUGUCAAAGGUUCCCUUCGCCGUCGUUGGUGCGACUAACGAGAUCACCAACGCCGACGGCCGCAAGGUCCGCGGACGUAGCUACCCCUGGGGUGUCAUCGAGGUCGACAACGAGGAGCACUGCGACUUUGUCAAGCUCCGCCAGAUGCUCAUUCGGACGCACAUGGAGGAGCUCAAGGAGCACACCAACAACAGCCUGUACGAGAACUACCGUACCGACAAGCUCAUUGGCAUGGGCGUGUCGCAAGACCCCAGCGUUUUCAAGGAGGUCAACCCCGCUGUCAAGCAGGAGGAGGAGCGCGCCCUGCACGAGCAGAAGCUCGCCAAGAUGGAGGCCGAGAUGAAGAUGGUCUUCCAGCAAAAGGUUGCCGAGAAGGAGAGCAAGCUGAAGCAGAGCGAAGAGGAGCUCUACUCCCGCCACAGAGAGAUGAAGGAGCAACUGGAGCGCCAGCGUAUGGAGCUCGAGGAGAAGAAGCAACGAGUCGAGAGCGGCCGGCCCAUCGAAAAGGAAGGCAAGCGGAAGGGCUUCUCGCUCCGUUAAGAUGCCUCCUUCUUUGGUCUCUUGACGCCACACGUUGCUCGCAUUCUUCUUUCCACGACCCAUGUCUAAGUACCAAUGAUGCCCAUACAAUACCAGCACACCGCGCCUCUUUGUCGAUUCUCUUCAUGUUCUUUCUUAUCACCCCCUUUUUCUGGACCUCUUUUAAUCACACACCCUCAUCUAAUCACUUAACGGAAUCCCAGCAUCAUCAAAAGUCUUUACGAAGCAGUCACGCAGGGGGCUUGAUGCAGAUUAAGGAGGGAAAGACGCGAAAGGAACGAGGAGUCAUUGCUUCUCUUUGUCAGCUUAGUUACAGUGCUUCGAAAUGAUGAUUCCCUAGA